AUGAUGAGGGUGAAGGAGAAGAGGAUGGAGAGAGCGAGUAACCGCAGCAUUCGGCACUUCUGCCGUUGGAAGGUGAUUCCUGGCUCUCACCCAGGCGGCCCGGGUUCAACUCCCGGUCAGGGAGUCCGCUUUUGCUCUAUAACGCCUUGCCACCGCGCCCUCGCUCCGCCCACCUCAUUUGAGCACCUAGAGGGUGUAGCUGGCUGUGAUGGGGGUGGUGGUGGAAGUGAAAGAGGAGCGUGGGAGGGCCGGGUGAAGUGUGGAGAAAGUGGAGAAAGUGGAGAAAGUGGUGAUGUUGAGGUAAAAGGCGGACGCCGUGAAGGACGGGAAGCUAGCAGAGCGUGGUUUCGAUCCACGGUCCUCUGGGUUAUGAGCCCAGCACGCUUCCACUGCGCCACUCUGCUACCAUGUGCGCACUCGUCUUGA